AUGAACGGGGGUCCGUUCAAGCUUCCCACCAAGGAAAAUGCGGACGCCGCGAAGAAGAAGAGAGAGGCGAUCGCCCGGAUCAAGAAGUGGGUCGAGUCUCGCAUCCCGGAUAAGCACAUCAAGGAUCGCACGUGCGUCGUCGACGUCUCGGAGAUCGUGUGCGGCGACCCCGAGUGCGCCCCCAUAGACACCGCGGUGCGAAUCAUCUACGAGGGGAAGGCGGAAGGUCCGGUUGGCACCGCGUUUGCCUUUCCAUGCCAAUCCGUCGAGCUGACGAGAGAGGCUCUCGACGAGCGCAUGCCCCCGGCGUCAACCUUCGAGGACUGGUACGAGGGUAAACCAACGCACUGGCCGCCGCCGCCGGACGACGUGACUCUGAGGUUCGAGGUCGGCGCGAGGGUCGAGUGCAAGGUGGGUAAGAAGGAGUGGGCGCCCGGGGCGGUGACCAUGCACUGGUUCAGGCAGGGCGACUGGCCCCCAGGCAUGUUCGCGCCCUAUCAGGUGCAGCUCGACGACGGUCGGCUGAUCUUCGCGCCGGACGAUGCGAACAAGUGCAUCAGGGCGGAGGGCUCGGGGAAGGGAUGGUGCUGCUUCGGGGGUUGAUGCGAGAGGAACAGGGAGGUCUAAGAAUAGUGCUACAGUACCACAGGUGGCGAUUUUUCCAGCUGUGGUCUUGAUUUUUUU